AUGUUUUGUGUCGUUCUCAUAUUUCUUGCUUCAAUACAUUUGGCUUUUAACGCAAACGAUGUAUUUGAAAUUUCAAGUUUGAAAUUGCAUUCACCACAUUCUCGUUUAGAUGGAAAUGUCUUCCAACCAUCUCGCGCAACGAUUUCUAUAUCAAGAAAUUUCGCCGAUCAUCAGCCACUGCCGUUCGAAUCACCCAUUUUAAGAGCAAAUUCUGGAAGAAUUCGUUUAUCGUUUCUUCAAACGGAAUUUUCGAACGCAUUCUCUAUUUCGCCAUCAACUUUAGUUGCUGGUCAACAAUUCGAUAUUAUCAUCGAUGACACAAAUAUUCUCCGAAAUUUCAGCAAAAUUAAAUUGCAUGUUCGAUUUUCAUUCAUAUAUUUAUUUAUUAAAAACAUUUCCAACAAAAUUUCUCGAAUUCUUUUCAAAAAUACUGAAAUACUGAACGAUGAGAAUAAUCAUUUCAUCUAUUUUCGAUAA